AUGGCCCUGUUCACAUGGGCAAUUGACAUCUACGGACGCAAGGCGGCCAUCCCGGGCGACGGCAACCAGCUGAUCAGCCUGACGCACUCGGUCGACCUGGCGCGGUACGUGGUCAAGCUGCUGGAUGUGGCGGAGGGUGGGGGGCAGUGGGAUGAAUGGAGCAUUGUCGUCGGGGAGGAUAUCAGUUUCAAUGAGAUUUUGAGGCUUGCGGAAAGGGUGCGGCUGGGGGGAGCUGAUGGAGGGAAGUUCCAGGUCACGUACGACAGUAUCGAGGAGCUGGAGAAGGGGAAUGCCACGGUCUUGCCGAUGCCUGGAGAGACGGAGGUUGUGCCUACACGGGAGCCGGAUCGAGGAGACGCAACCAAGGACCUGUGCGCGCUGUUUGGGAGGCUCUACCACUAUGGUGUGCUGCAUAUGCCCGCGGCGCAUCGAUUGACGGAGCGAUUCAAAGAUGAGAUUCCGCCGCUGCGUGUUGAGGAAUUCCUAGUCGAUGCAUGGAAGGGAAGGCCGUGA